AUGAAUAAUAGUACAAACAAUAAUUCCGAUUUUGGAAAAAAGUCGGUGUCUCAUCAUAACAAGCAGCCUCCCUCUCUCUUUGAAUUGAGAGAAAUUGUUUCAAGGUAUAUUCACAACAAAGAUCAACUGUUGCACGCUUUGGAGCUUUUCUUUGAGAAAAUGAACUCAGAUCACGAAAAGCAAAAACAGCACCUUGAAAUUCAGAAUCAAGUCCUGAAAGAGUUGAUCAUAGAACUAAAGAUGUGGCAGGAUUACUCAACCUCAUCUAAACCAUCUAUGGACGAGGAGGAACUGGCUGUUUUAGAGUUGUCAAAAUUAAACCAAACAGGCCAACAAUCAAGGUCCAUAGUUUCGCAGGGCGACAACCAACAAACGACAAACACCAACAGAGCAAGAAGAACAAGAAAAAAACACAAUUUCGAAACAUCUAAACAAACAACAGACACUGAUUCAGACGAUGAUUUAAGCGAAGAACAAUGCCUAUUUGAGCCUAAAGAGCCCUUAUCAACUUUACCAAAUAAUUAUGCCUCUUUAAGCAAACAGGCACAAUGCCAAAUGGAAGAUGAAGAGAAAACCGAAGAAGAGACCGAUUACGAAAUCGAAGACAACAGUUGUGCACAAAAUACACCCUUAGCAAGCAAUGAAGUCCGAACUCGACCUCUGCAAAACAACCAUGCAAUUACAACAAAGGAUCAGAAGACGAUGGCCAUAAGCACUAACAAACCUGUUACCUUUAUUAAUCAUGGUGAAGCAUCUAGGUCAAAACGAGGAAGAAAAAGAAAGGUAAAAUCUGAAGUAGAGGAUGCUAAUAAGGCGAUGAAUUCAAUUGUGACCUCUGAGAACGCUUCUGCAUCCAACAACGCAAGCAGUGGCAUCAUCUUUUUCCAGAGCGAUUAUGCACCUGUCAGUACUACAUCCUCUACUAAUAACAACCAAAUAUCACUCCAAAAAAUACCUAAAAAGAGAGGCCCUAAGCCAGGCAGCAAGCGUGGGUCAAAGGCGUCCUUCACAAUCUAUGAUAAUGAUUCUUUCAAACCAAUCUAUGACUGCAACAAUUCCAGCAUGAAUGGAAAACAACCAAAUAGUUCCUUCUUCUCUGAUUCCAAAUUAUUGGGAAAAAACACGACAAGCGUACCAGAUCCACUCUCAACUUCUCCUCAUAGCACCACCACCACUACUCAACAGAUAGGUUCUUCCACCACAAACUCUUCUGCUACGACCUCAAUAGCGUCCAAUAGCUCAUCAGAAGUUUCUUCUCUUUCAAUCUCAAAGACCUACUCAGCCUCCUCUCGAUUCGUAAAAUCUUUUUCUCCUCAACGACAUUCUCCAUCCUCGUCUUUUUCACCCUCCACCUCCCCUCAAAGUGGUCCUCUUUUGGUUUAUGCCACAAGCAACAAUUCAUGCCAACAACCAUCUCCUCAAUCCUCUAUUCCUAUCCACAUCUCCACCAAUUCAGAAUCUGUUGUUGAAACAUGUUCAUCAACGUUGAUCACACCAUCCUCAGAAGCAGCCACAGCCACCCAACGAAUACGGUUGAUGUCUUCUGCAAACGAGCUAGCUGUAGCUCAACAACAUGAGUGA